UUGUUGGAGCUUAUGAGGGGAAGAUGAGAGGGCAGAAAACAGCUCUCGAGCAGAUGAGAAGAUCAUCCAUCCACCUGGGGGGAUUGUUCAGUUCAUAGAUUUGCACCAGACCACGAGGAAGUUGGAUAACCUGGGAGUGUGUUCGCAUUUACCACUUGAACGUUGGUUCGCUCAUUCAUUCAAUAUUUGAAGCAAUUAAAUCCACAACAUGCCUGGAAAACUCGUGCUCGGAGUGGUGGCUGAAUUUACCCGGGAAGAUGAAGGCGAAUACAUAUGUCCAAUGUGUACUGUCUUUGGACUGGACGAUGAAGAAGUUCAGACUUUGAUCAAGGCUGGACUUAAGAUGAUCGAUCGCAACAAAGAAGAUGAAGGAUAUGAAGUGAAGAACUCCGCCUUUAAGUUGAUGCGGGAAUUAGGCCGAUUAUUGGGCUACGAACCUAUUGGAGACACCCAAUGUACGGAUGCUCCGAACGGCCGAAAAACCAUCGUUUGGACGCUCACCAAGGAUGCUUGAACUAAUUCGUAUAUGCGACAACCACGUCGUUAUCUUGCAUAUAAUCGUAUUAUCUGCACCCACUUAAAGUAUUACACCCCACUUCUUUAUGACCAAACCAAAAAAACAACCAACAACCAACCACGAACCACCAACCCGAUCAUUCUCGUCAAAUUCACCGUGCCACAGUUUCAAGUCAAAUGAAAUAAAUAUAAUUACCUCAUUCCAA